AUAAGUAGUGGACUUGUUUGUAAAUUUUAAAAAGUUGAGGACGAAAAUGUUAGGGGGAAAAUUUCAGGUACUAAAAUAUAAUUUUCCAUCGAUAUUUUUAGUACUCAAAUGUAAGGGGGAGGAGAAGGGGAAGAGGAAGGAAGAAAAAAAAAAGGAAAAAUACUAUAAUACCAUUAAUAAAUGUGUUAGUAUGGUGAUAACACUUAGUGGUCGUUUGGAUGAAAUAUUUUCAAAAUGAGUCAAUUAGGCUCAAAUAUUUUAUUUUAGAAAAUGAGAUAAUUGUAUAAGAAAUUUUUACACAAUUAUCUUGUUCUUUGACAUAAGACAAUUGUCAUGAGAUAUUUUCUGAAAAUAUAAAUUUGCCUCAUUAUUUUACACCCUUCUCCACUUUCCUCUUUAAGGGUUGAGGCAAGUAGGAUCAAGUACCUUAACCUACAAACCGUCAACCAUCGCUAUGGGUUAAGAAUCUCUAAUCAAAGUCAGUUUAUCUUCGAAGACAUACCUCUGACAUAUGUACUUAGAUUAAAGUUAGAUAUCAUCAAUACCGAUAACUAUCGUGAACAAGAAAUCUCUAACUUAUCUAAAUUCUAUUGUAUUUAAUGUACUUACAAAUUAUCCCCUAAAUAUAAUCCUGUUCGAGCUAAUUCAAAUACAGAUUCCAUUCCAAAUGAACAGAAAUUACAAAGACAUGAAGCAUCCCAUCACCCUGUAGCAGAAUGAAUGUGUUCACUGUUGGAAAACGAGUUUGAACUAAUGACGAUGGAGAUGGAGCAAAAGCCAGAGAAGCACUAGUGACGAUCCCCACACCCUCCACAUCUCCGUGUCUUCUGGCUCCCAUGAUUGAGUCUUCAACCUCUGAAAGAACCCUAAAGCAAAACAAUUCCACUCCAUUAUGCAACAGUAAAACACAGCAUGACUCUUCAACAGUUACAAGUCCGCCAUAGCUAACCCACCACUAGCAUGUUGUUGACAAGAAAGAAGCAUCACCUUUUCUCCCAUGAUUUCAAUAUUCCAUCAAGCCCAUCUCAAGCUCUGCCUUUCUGGCACAUCACAACGAUGGGUUGCCAGUAGUUCAGUAUAUAAGUCACAGCAAACAACUCACUGUAAAAGUGAAAGAAGAAUUACCAGUAGAGUGAACAAGAACAAUGGCCAUCCAAGUGACACCAUUACAUGUCAAACAAAAUACAGCACAGAGAAGAGAACCAAGUUCCUUCCGCACUGCUUUUGCCUUCUGAUUCCAACAUCUGCAGAAGAGAAAACUAUCAGAAAGCCUCUGCCUUUAUUUCCAGGGGCUCUCAUCAGGUUUCGAUUUGUUUUGGAUUCUGACACUAUCCAAUCCUGGCAACGUUUAAGAAUGACUCAUUCCAAUAAUUACACAGAGAAAAAAACCAUGUUCAAGCGAUUUUAAGGGGUGGUAAAGAUUCUCCCUGCUGCUUUUCUGAGUGGUGUGUAGCACCGCCCAUCCACUGCUGUCCGUCCCUACAAAAGCACCAGUCUUUCGUUUCCAUAAACUUCCCCAUCAAUCAAAAUCCAUAGCUAUGAACCAGUGGUGUUUCUUCAACUAGACUCACGAGGGAUGAGAGGAAGUUUUGAACUUCAGUUUAUGCUGUCAACUCAGUUUCUAAUCAACAACAAGAGAGCCAUCACUGCCCCUUUCGAUAGGGGCAGCAACUCGGCACACUAUAUAUGAUGCUGGUAAGCGUUGGUUGGAGAGAUGCGAAAAAUGGAAUUCGAGAAAGGACCUGUUGUUCGACCAGAGAGGAGAGAUGCUUAUAGAGUUGCUUACAUAAUCCACUUCUUGCUUGGUGCAGGCAACUUGCUUCCAUGGAACGCAUUCAUCACUGCCAUCGACUACUUCGGCUCCCUAUACCCGAACAAACACAUCGAAAAGGUCUUCUCCGUGGCUUACAUGAGCUCUUCGGUGCUGGUUCUGGUGGUGAUCAUGAGCCAAGGUGGCUGGAGCAGCAGGAUGAGUUGCAGGCUGAGGAUGAACUUAGGGUUCUCCCUCUUUGUUCUCUCCAUGAUGGUUGCUCCAACUCUGGACUGGAGCAGCAGAAAUGGCUCGAUGCCCACGGGAGCCUAUAGCAUGACAGUUGCAUCGGUUGUGGUUUGUGGAUUUGCAGAUGGAUUGAUUGCUGGUAGCUUGAUAGGUUCGGCUGGGAAGCUUCCAAAGCAAUACAUGCAGGCAGUUUUCGCUGGGACAGCCUCUUCAGGGGUUCUUGUGUCCAUCCUGAGGAUCAUCACAAAGGCAAUGCUCCCCCAGACGCCUCAGGGUCUCCGAACGAGCGCACACUUCUACUUCAUUGUCAGCACUGUGAUCCUCCUCUGCUGCAUCUUCUUCUGUAACUUGCUGUACAAGUUACCGGUUAUGCAGCAGAACCACAACAAGCUUGAUGUUGUCGCUGAUGGUGAUGAUUCAAAGGCGAGAUUCUGGUCCGUCGCUAGGAAAAUCCAGUGGCCAGCUGUUGCAGUUCUGACAAUCUACCUCGUCACUCUCUCGAUCUUCCCAGGAUUCCUAGCAGAAGAUGUCAAGUCAAACCUGUUGAGUGACUGGUAUCCUGUUCUGCUGAUAACAGUAUACAAUGUGUCGGAUUUCAUAGGCAAGUCCGUGACAGCAAUAUAUGUUAUGAAGAGCAUCAAGAAGGCCACCUGGGGUUGUUUCCUGAGGCUGCUGUUCUAUCCACUCUUUGCAGCCUGCCUCCAUGGACCAACCAAGUGGCUGAGAUCAGAAGUUCCAGUUGUGGUCCUGACAUUCAUGCUCGGCGUGACAAAUGGGUAUCUGACAAGUGUCCUAAUGAUCCUCGCCCCGAAAUCGGUUCCAGGUUCCGAGGCUGAGCUGGCUGCAAUUGUGAUGAUUGUGUUUCUAGGGAUUGGAUUGGUCUCUGGAUCUGGUCUGGGAUGGUUCUGGAUCAUAUAAAAAUAGCUCCAUUUCCUAGAAGAAGUUCACAUGUACUGCUGCUUUGAUCUGUAGAAAAAAGUUAGAGAACCUAG